UCCUCCAGCCAGCACGUCCGCUUCUCCGCUCACUCUCUACUCCACUUCCUAACCUUCGCCUCGUUCCUCGCACACCUUCAUCAUCAACAAUGGGAGAAUCGACAUCCUCGGGCUGGAAUUGGGACAAGUUGACGUACGGCCCUCCAGAUGUGGAGUUCGCAAGGUUUCUAUCUCGCCGCUCUGUGGUCUAUUCUACAAAGGGCAUCGUCAGUUGCACCCAACCGCUGGCGAGCGCAGCGGGCAUAGAGGUGCUCAACAAGGGCGGGAAUGCUGCGGACGCUGCCGUCGCUUGCGCUGCUGCGCUGAACAUGACUGAACCAUCUUGCACUGGUAUUGGAGGCGACGCCUUCUGCUUGUUCUACAACGCCAAAGACAAGACAGUGAAAGGGAUGAACGCUUCCGGCCAUGCCCCUGCAGCGCUGAGCGUCGAGUACCUGCGCUCUCGUGGCGUCACGGGCAACGCCAUCCCCCUUACGGACAUCAACAGCGUUACUGUUCCCGGAGCGGCGGGAGGGUGGGUGGACGCCACAGCGCAUUUUGGGAAAUUGCCGCUGGCGGAGAACUUGGCGCCCGCGAUCAAGCUCGCUGAAGAGGGCGUGCCCGUCAGCGAGUUGCAUGCCAACGCCUGGAAACGCAGCGAGAACCUGAUCAAGAACGCUUCCCCCGACGCACACGCUAUGCUUCUCAACGGCCGUGCGCCCAUGGCAGGGGAGAUCAUGCGGUUCCCUGAUCUGGCACAGACAUUCAGGGAAGUGGCGGAGAAGGGGAAGGAUGGGUUCUAUAAAGGCCGCGUGGCGGAGGAGAUCGUCAAGCUGGUCAAGGCGAAAGGAGGGGUGAUGGAGCUUGAGGACUUGGCAAAGCACGAAACGACGAUGGUGGAGCCCAUCAGCUACACAUAUGGUGGCGAGGACGGGGUGACGGUGUACGAGUGUCCGCCGAACGGAGGUGGGAUUACCGCACUCCUCGCCCUUGGGAUCCUGGACCAAAUGCAAGAGCUCGGAAAGAUUCCUAACGUCCUCACCAUGCCACACAACUCGCCCGAGUAUCUGCACGCCCUCGUUGAAGCUCUCCGCCUCGCAUUCGCCGACAGCAGGUACUACGUCGCCGAUCCCGAGUUCGAACAUGUGCCCGUUAAGGAGCUCUUGUCCAAGCCCUACCUGCGCACUCGGGCAGAACUAUUCGACGCAGCAAAGCAGAACCCGACAAUCAAACACGGCUACCCUGCGAACAGCAGCGACACUGUCUACCUGAGCGUCACCGACCAGUGGGGGAACGCGUGCAGCUACAUCCAGUCGAACUACGCUGGCUUCGGCACUGGCGCGAUCCCGCACGGAUGUGGGUUCACGCUGCAGAACCGAGGAGCGAAUUUCGUGCUUGAGAAAGGGCACCCGAACGAGCUCAAAGGCGGGAAGAGGCCGUAUCACACGAUCAUACCCGCUAUGGCUCUGCGUGGGAAGGAGCUCUUCCUCUGCUAUGGUGUUAUGGGCGGGUUCAUGCAGCCCCAAGGGCAUGUGCAGGUGCUCUUGAAUGCUUUGAGGGGAUAUACGAUGCAGGCUGCGAUGGACGCGCCUAGGUUCUGUAUCUCCUCUGGAUCACCAGACUCGGGCGUGAAGGGAAGAGGAGAUGUGGGAGAUGUCAACAGUGAUGUGUACUUCGAGGAGGGCAUCCCGGACGAGACAGUCGAGGCGCUCAAAGGUAUGGGACACGACGCUCGCCGGGUUGCUGGAUUCGGGCGUGGCAUGCUCGGGAGAGGUCAGAUCAUCCAGAGGCUUACGGACAAGACUUCUGGCAGGCUUGUGUGGGCUGCGGGGUCGGAUCAACGUGGUGAUGGGCAGGCGAUCGGGCAGUACUAGUUGUUCGUUCCUUCCGGCAGAAGUUGGGCUGAGAGUUGAGCUGGAAGUUCCGGUGGCUGUAGGAGGCCGAGGUUGCGCAGGGGAAAUGACGUAAAGCAGGUAGCCUGUAUUGGUAGAACUAUCCGACGUAGAAAUU